AUGAAGGAAAUAACCCCUUUCACCAAGUCACUGAAGUUGAAUGUUUUCCAGAUUGGGUCAGCUUAUAACAUGUCCAGCUACUGUUUGGUCACAGGAGCUACUGAUGGGAUUGGAAAAGCCUAUGCAGAAGAGUUAGCAAGACGUGGAAUGAAGGUGGCUCUAAUCAGUAGGUCAAAAGAAAAACUGGACCAGGUUGCGAGUGAAAUAAAGGAAAAUUACAAAGUGGAAACAAAAGUCAUUGUGGCAGACUUUGGAGAGAGAGAAGAUAUUUACAGUAGAAUCAAAGCAGGAUUGGAAGGCCUGGAGAUCGGUGUUUUAGUCAACAACGUGGGAAUUUCAUAUGCUUAUCCUGAAUAUUUUCUUGAUGUUCCAGAGCUGGAUACAACAAUUGACAAAAUGAUCAACGUUAACAUCAUGGCUGUUUGUAAGAUGACACGAUUGGUGCUGCCCGGCAUGCUGGAAAGAUCAAAAGGGGUAAUCCUGAAUAUCGCCUCAGCUGCUGGGAUGUAUCCAACUCCACUGCUGACUCUUUACUCUGCAACCAAGGCUUUUGUGGAUUACUUCUCCCGAGGCCUCCAUGCAGAAUACAAGAGCAAGGGCAUCAUUGUGCAGAGUGUUCUACCGUAUUAUGUGGCAACAAAAAUGUCCAAAAUCCGCAAGCCGACCUUCGAUAAGCCCAGUCCUGGAACGUACGUCAGAGCUGCCUUGGGCACGGUAGGCCUGCAGUCCCAGACCAACGGGUGCCUACCUCAUGCGCUCAUGGGAUGGGUCUUCUCUCUUCUACCUACACCUACUGUCAUUAAUUUACUCAUGAAAACAAACAAGCAAAUACGGGCUCGUUAUUUGAAAAAAAUGAAGGAGAAGUAAGUUGGAGGCAACUUGAUCUCGGAAGCCUGGGACUCCUGCAGGUUCCAUACCCAGGCUGCAGCACCAAGCAGACCUAACGCUUUAAACAUCUUCAAUCGUAGGUGUACUUUCUAACAAGCAAAACAGUCUUGUUUUGAGGAUGCAGGUGAAACAAGACUGUUGACUUCUAAUAUUGAUUUAAAAAUAGGCUUUAUUUGUUUAUAGAUAUUAUGAGGGGGAGAAGUGCUUCAGACUAAAAUUGCACUGUGCUUCAAGAAAUAUUUACAUGGACUUGAUCAGACACUGCGCUGUUGAGGAACAGCUUGGUUGUAUAGUGUACAGCACAUCUGUGCAUUGUGCAUGUGGGUGAAGGGCAGAAAAACAGUAGUUCUUACAUAUUCCUGGACAGGUGGGGAGCAAUGGGAAGGGAGCAUAUUUAUUAAAAAAGG